GAUAAUUAAUUCUGGGUUUAGUGUGAUCAGCAAAUUUGUGCUCUUCUUCAUCUUCUUCUUCAUACAAGCAAAAAAGAAGGGGGAAUGGAUGGGGAAAGAAAGGUCUACACUUUGGCUGAGGUUUCUCAACACAAUCAUGCUAAAGACUGUUGGCUUGUCAUUGAGGGAAAGGUAUACAAUGUGACCAAAUUCUUGGAAGACCAUCCCGGUGGUGAUGAUGUCUUGCUGUCUUCCACAGGGAAGGAUGCAAGUGAUGAUUUCGAGGAUGUUGGUCAUAGUAGCAGUGCUCGAGCAAUGAUGGAUGAGUUUUACGUGGGUGACAUUGAUACAUCAACCAUCCCCUCUAAGACAAAGUACACUCCUCCCAAGCAGCCUCACUACGACCAAGACAAGACCUCAGAAUUUGUUGUAAAGCUUCUGCUAUUCCUCGUUCCCCUGCUAAUCUUGGGGUUGGCCUUCGGUGUCCGCUUCUAUACCAAAGCACCAGCUUCGUCUUAAGCAUCGAGACCCCGAAAAUGAAUUCAAACAGGCUUCACUAUAAAACUUUUAUGUUGGUUUAAAUUUGUUUGAACUUUCACAUACUGUGGGAUGGUUAAUGGUUGGAUAUUAUUAUUCAAACAUUUGUUUCCAUGCAGCUGAAGCUUUGAUUCGUCCCGGAUUGUGAUAAUUUGAUAUUUGUCUUUUCUCCUUGUGUUUGUUCAA